AGAUACUCACAAAGCACAAUGGCACACCCUGAAGGAGGCCUCGCCGCUAACCUCGUUGUCCUAGGCAGCUUCUGCUCCAUCACCGGCGGCCUAGGGCUAAUGAACAGCAUCGGCAUCUACCAAGCCUACAUCAGCACACACCAACUCUCCUCCCUCUCACACUCCGAAAUAAGCUGGAUCUUCGGCGUCUACAACUUUCUCAUCUUUUUCGGCGGCUUGCAAAUCGGGCCUAUCUUCGAUGCCAAAGGGCCUCGUGCCCUCCUGUGGAUAGGCUCGACGCUGCUUGUGAUUAUGUUUAUAGCUCUGGGGUUCUGCGAGAAAUAUUGGCAUUUCUUCGUUGUACUGGGAGUUCUCGGUGGUAUUGGGACAUCAUUCAUCUUCAUCGUCCCCGUCGCUAGUAUCGGACAUUUCUUCCUGCGACGUCGCGGCGCAGCUACAGGCCUGGCCAUGGCUGGUGGUAGUAUCGGCGGUGUAAUCUUCCCAAUCAUGCUGGAGAAACUAGCACCAAAGAUAGGAUUCGCCUGGACCACCCGAGCCAUUGGGCUAGUAACCCUGGUCCUUCUGUUUAUCGGCUGUCUCCUCGUCCGCGGCCGGGAACCUGAGCCCUCAUCAUCUCCCGAAUCCCCUCCCGAUAAACCCAAAUCCAAACGCAAAUCUAUCAAAUCCCUCCUUCCUGACCUCACUAUUCUGGCGAACCCGCUGCUAGCCCUGACAACGGCCGGCGUCUUCCUCAUCGAAUGGGGCUUUUUCAUUCCCCUCGAGUACAUAACCUCGUACGCCCUCUACCAUUCCGUAUCCCCUGAUCUCGCAUAUUUAAUGGUCGUCUUCUUCAACGCGGGUUCCUUUCCCGGUCGUUGGAUCCCAGGAAUCCUAGCUGAUAAAGUCGGACGGUACAACAUGCUGAUUUAUACAAACCUCCUGGCACUGGUCGCGGUGUUGGGGGUUUGGAUGCCUGCACAGGGUAAUGUGGCUGCAACAAUCGUGUUUGCGGUGGUAUUUGGAUUUGCGAGUGGGAGUAAUAUUAGCCUUGUGCCGGUUUGUGUGGGCGAGCUGUGUCCGACGGAGGCGUAUGGGAGGUACUAUACGACUGUUUAUACGAUUGUCAGCUUAGGGGCUUUGACUGGAGUUCCAAUUGCGGGGGAGAUUAUCCAGAGGACUAAUGGGGAGUAUUGGGGACUGAUCGCAUUCGCUGGAUGCUCCUAUGCGGCCGGACUAAUGUGCUUUUUCGCUGUUAAACUCCUACAAUGGAGAAACGUACGCAACGAUUCAACCUGA